CUGUCGAUGAGCAUAAUACGGGCUUCGACACCGCUAUUCAUACGAGUCUUUCGUUAAUUUCACGGCUCAAGAUGAAUAAUGACCAGAAUCCCGCUGCGGACUCCUCAUCACAGUCCGCACAGCGACAAGUUCGUGUGCAACUCAUAAGUCAACAGGAAGAUGUUGCGCUGCCUGAGAAUACGGGCCCUAUUCUGGUUCCUACUGGCUUGAGGCGAUAUGCUCUCUCGACGCUGGUGAACAAUCUCCUGGGCAAUGACAAACCGGUUCCGUUUGAAUUCCUGGUCAAUGGAGCAUUCCUCCGAACUUCGAUCGAUGAGUAUCUAACGGCCAACGGUAUAUCUGCGGAGACUACACUGGAAAUUGAAUACGUCCGAGCCUUGAUCCCCCCUCUGCACAUCGCCUCAUUUGAACAUGAUGACUGGGUCAGCUCUGUUGAUGUGCUUUCCGCAACGUCGCCGGCAUCGAACUGGAGUUCCAAGACUGUUUCUCAAGGCCAAGAACGAAUUCUCUCUGGAAGCUACGAUGGCCUGCUUCGGGUAUGGAAUAUGUCGUCGCAGAUAAUCGCAACUUCACCAUCUCCAGCCGACGGAGGACAUACCUCUUCCAUCAAGGCGACAAAGUUUGUUUCCCCAACCUCAAUCGUAUCGGCCGGCCUAGAUCGGACAGUGCGUCUAUGGAAAUAUUCUGAGAGCGAUGAUGGAUUCUCCGCGAAGAUCUCCCCACAACUCGAACUUUACGGGCACAAAUCUGGUGUCAACUCGUUAGCCGUGCAUGCACCUUCGAACCGCAUCUUGUCGGCCUCUGCAGAUCAUAGUGUAGGAUUCUGGUCCACGAAGAAAUCAGAUGCGCCAGCUGCCCCAGAAAGCCUCCUCCCGUCCGCUGUCUCGAGGACAUCCAAGAGGAGGAAGCUGAAUACCUCUGUGAGUGUCUCGCAGCGCGGGCCGCUAGCCCUUCUGUCCGCCCAUACUGCUCCUGUUUCGGCCGCAAUUUUCGAUGCCAAGGAUUCGACUGUGGGUUAUUCCGCCUCAUGGGAUCAUUCGCUCCGGACAUGGGAUCUUGUGACCGCUGCCCUCGUCGAUACCCGCACAACGUCGCAUUCGCUUCUCUCGCUCGAGCACCUUCCUGAUCACCAUCUCCUUGCCACCGGAACUUCUGCCCGUCAUAUCACCUUGAUAGACCCCCGCGCAUCAGCAGCAACCAUCUCCGCCAUGACUCUCCGGGGCCACACAAACGCUGUGGUUACACUUGCGCGUGACCCUCACAGCACCUAUGGGCUCAUCAGCGGCAGUCAUGACGGCACCUGCCGAAUUUGGGAUAUCCGUGCCACCAAAACCGACAAAGACGGAGUUGUUGGCGAAAGCGUGUAUUCCAUUACAAGGAAGAGUCUUGAGGAAGAAGGCAAGGCGAAUAGCAAGCGUGUUGGUGGAGAAGGGGUCAAGGUCUUCAGCGUAUGCUGGGAUCAAUCGGUUGGCAUUGUGAGCGCUGGUGAAGAUAAGCGGAUUCAAAUCAAUCGUGGAGAAGGAGUACUGUCUUCUGCCUAGAUUAAUUGCAUAUAUGUAUGGGUUUGGCGUCUUAAUUGUACGGUGAAAAGUUUUAAAUCCUAGCUUUUACAACGAAUGUUUUUUUUUUUUUU